GGGAUCAGAGAUGCUUGGGGUUGGAGGAGGGUCUUGGGAGUGCUGCAACAUCAGGCGGAGGAACGCAAAGGGGGUGAUUGGGAUUUCCGGGCAGGUUGUUGGCGGUGGCGUGUCUCGGGGGUGCUGCGAAGUCCGGGAUUUUUCAUCAGAGGCCAUGGAGCUUUCAGCCACUGACCUCAGCAUCUAUGACAAGCUAUCAGAGACAAUUGAUCUAGUGAGACAGACUGGCCACCAGUGUGGGAUGUCAGAAAAAGCCAUUGAGAAAUUCAUCAAGCAGCUCUUGGAAAGAAAUGAACCCCAAAGGGGACCUCCACGCUACCCUAUCUUAGUGGCUGUCUACAAGGGCCUGCUCAUGCUGGGAUUGGUCUUGCUAACCGUUUACUUCGUGAUCCAGCCGUACAGCCUGCUGCCACCUGAAGCUCCACUCUCCAGAGCCCAUUCCUGGGGCUCCCUCAUCGGUCACCUCCGACUGCUCUCUCUACCUAUUGCUAAGAAGUACAUGCCUGAGAAAUGCCGGGACUGGUGGGCAGCAGGUUGUAGACAAAACACUUCUACACUGUCUGCAAGUUGCACAGCAUGUUCUUCUGUGAAAAGCCUUCAGAUUGUGACAGACUUUGGAGAUCUAUCAGAAGAACUCCAGAGGUCUCAGCCUUUUCUAAUCAAGACAGGACAGCAUCUCUCUUAUGAAGAACUAAAGCACUUUCAGUCCCAGGAUCCAGAACUGGCAGAGGUUGUAAUAGAAGAAAAUUCAUCUGAACUGUGGAGCUGCCUCCCGAGACAGAGCUUCCCAUUUUUCUUUCCCUGGAGGAAAUCUGUAAACGGAACUCAGAUUCUGCAGGAAUUUUUCCCCACUUCCUCUUCAUUGUCUUUCCACAAGACAGUGUCCCUAGAGAGUUGCUUUCUCAUACGCCAUCCAGAUUUGGGGAAUAAGAGCUACAGCUUGCAUGGCCUCUUUGCUGUUGGAAGCGGACAGCUCACCCUGACUGUUGUACCUCUGGACAAGUGCAGAGGACACUGUGAGAUGUUCAAGGUAGAGCUGGAAGCUGGAGAUUUGGGUUAUGCCUCCACAGAUUACUGGAUGAUGAGCUUCAUGGCCAAAGGGACAGAGCCGGUGGUUGUUUGUUAUGGAGCUGCUAGCUAAGGACAGUGGGUGGGAAAACAGAACUACUUCCAGGACAAGAAGAUUUUCAGCUUUGAAGCCAAGGCAACAUCUUGAAAGCGAUAGACCUGGGGCAACUGUGGCAGGCAGCUUUGCCACCUUGCAUGUUUACAGUGUUAAAAAAUGACUCUUUUCCUGACCCUUUGACCUUCCUCAGAUGUAUUUUGGGAGAAGCUCAAGCUAUUCAUGACCUUCCCUGUCCCCUCAGGUAAGCCUUGGGCUGGCAGCAAAGGCUUUUUCCAGGAGCACCAGAGGGGUUUCUCAGGAUGAGAUUCACCUUUGUGGAUUAUGGCACUUCUGAAUCUUCGUGGGAGGAGGUUGGGAGUGGAGGGGUGCGUGUGACAUUUCUGUAUACGUUCCUCCUGGGGAGGAGGCCUGAAGCCUGUGUUGGCAGGCCAGCUCUAUAAAGGGAAUUGAUAUGUCCCACCUCCGCUCCAUCUCUCCAUCACGUUCAUGGCUGUGUGCCUCAACAGUGUGCCCUGCAAAGCCAGCCUCAGCUCUGUGCUUCAGGGUUGACACGAGCCUCCCAGCCUAGUGGCAGGGGCACUCACCCACAGCAUUGUUCUUGUACCAAAUUAAUCUGUUCAGGCCUCUUUGUGUCUUGUGAUCGCUCUUCUACUGUUCUCUAUCAGCAGAUUGUAGUUGAGUCAAAUAGUAACUGUGCUUUUUUUCCCCUACUUCCUUUCCUAUAAAAACACCGAUGCAAGUUUUUGUUGUCAUGGUGCCAAGAGUGCAGUAGUUCUGGAUGGAGGUGGAGCUGGGUGCAAAGUAGCUUUCUGUAAGUUCAUGUUCUGAUUGUGCACCUAAGAUACUGGGGUUGCAUGACUGUUUUCAGAUAUAUUCGUUGCUUUGAGAAGUACUGCCUGUGUUCCUGGCUCGGGGUACCUGCGGGAGCACCAGAAAAUCUCCUUGUCGCUGGCUUUUUUGCACCAACUUCUUCGAGAUCUGAUACAUUGUAUUCAGAAUGAAUUUUGAUUUUUUCCUGAGUUCCUUCCAAGCUGCCUUUGCAUGCUUCCUGUUGCUUGAGCACUGCAUUAUCCAGUGUCCUGAGAGAGACUUGGUUUCAGUAUUUGCAGGCUGUGGAUGCUGCAGUCCCUUCCAAGUUUGAUCCUUUGGGUCUGUUCCUGCUGUUGAAGAUCAUUUACAGAUGUGUAAAGCUGAACUCAUAGGCCAGGGCUGGGGUUCAGGACAUACUCUCACACUUGUUACUGUGAAAUUGGAAUGGGUUUCGUUUGAAAGCAAGUUAACUCUGUUCUCAGGAGCAAGAACCUUUUUCUCUGUAAAUAUUUUAGGUACACUUAAAAUGACUGAUUGGAAAAAUGUCUACCCAGCCUUUGCUUUCAAGCAAAAGCAGGCGAAUGGGAGCAAAUGUCUUACUAAUCAUAUUAAGGACUGACAAAAGUUGCCAAGUUGGAUGACCAUGUCUGGCUCCUGCAGAAGGAUAAGGCAGAGGACAGUUCUUGCUCCAAAGAAUUUAGCCUGAGAGAGUUUAGUCUGCGUUACAAACAUUUCUAUGCAUAACGCUUGUUUUUCUCCUGUAAGCUAAUGAGAACAACCUCAGCACCUGUGUCAGUGUGUUUGGCCCUUGACACUGAACCAACAUACAUCAGAUAUAGUAGAACCAAAGAGGGAGAGACUGAAAAAGAACAGAAGAUGACAUUUAAUUUGUAGCAAAGCUGUUAAAGGGAAUUGGAUUAAUAAGAGUUUUAUGUUAGUAUUGUUAAUGCUUGGGGUGUGUUUUAGACUUGUGACACUACACACAGUCCUGUACAUGCCAAGACACACGCACCACCCCUCUCGCUCUUCUUAAAGCCUGGGUCUUAGUUAAUGGAAAUUUGGGAGUUCAGUGAUGGCAGAAUCAUCAGAGGGCCCACAUUAGUGACUGUUGCUAUUUACGCUUUGGCAGCUUCUCAAGUCAAAAAGUCAAAGACUGACAAGGUUACUUCACCUCUUACUGUUUUUGUACCGGAUCCAUUUCAUUUGGUUGGAGAUGUAUACGGAAAGAACCUGCUUGGACCCUUUGUUGCUGAGAUUAUAGGUGGUUUGGUGAUGCUGUUACUUCUAAGUGUCCUUGAAUGAAACUUGUAAAAGAGCUGCAGAGACAAUUCUCAAGUGUCUGUGAAAUGUCUGCUUUUUGUGAGUCAUACUUAAGCCAUUGUGGCUGUCUGGCUCCUUUGGGAAAUAGCAGAGGAAAUGGAUCUAUUUAAGGCUGCUGUUUAGGUUGGGGGUGGGGGGGCACUAGAGCAAGUUUGUGCCUGAUAAGCAAAAGUGCUUUUAGAUAUUGCUUCUCCCCUCCUCAGAGUGUUACAGCUGGUUGGACAGAUGGUGGUGAAUCUGGACUGUUUGUACAUCAGCUUUCCAAGUGCACUUUAUGGUGUCUUCAUAAGUUUCCAGAUCUGUGUCUAGGUGAUAUAUUGCAUAUGUCCCAACCUUACUCCCUUUGGAGUUUACAUCAUUUGUUUUUAAACUUCCAGUAUAUUUUCUCUUCUUCUUCUAAGGGCUGUAAGGAAUUGGAUGCUACACUGAAACAGGAGGGCAAUUAUUUGCUGGUAAAGAGCUGAUUUUGGCCAUAGCUGCUGCUGUCAAGUGUGGAGCCUCGAUCUGUAGUGCAGCAUGUUGAGUAGCUCCUGUGAUCAGCUGCCAGAAAGGUAAUGCUAAUGCCUUCUGCAUUAUGACAUGGGUAAGGAACUGGGUAUGGACAACUCAGAGGUGAGGCCAAAGUGGGAAAACUAAGAUUAAAAAAAAGAGGUUUUGACAUCUUGGUCAAGUGGCUGCAAGUGAGUCCUGGCCAUCUUCCUCAUCAGGGGCUUCAGCUUCACACAACCUUACCAAAGGCUGUGGCCUCCCUAGAGAACUAGGCAACUCCUAAUGAGCUGCUCAGUCUUGAGUAGAACUGGGGGGAAUGUGUCUAGUUUCUCAGCUAUCGAGGCAUUGUGGCAACAAACAUGAUCUGGAUGAGUCACAGAGGGUGUGUGUCCCGUCACAGUCUCCCUUGCCACUAGCUUCACUUUGGCACUUGUGUAUCCAAGUGUGUGUGCUGUUUUGCAUAAUACCCCCCUUUACGUGCUGACCAGCUCAGAGGGGUGCCCAGUAAAUGCGUGCAUCCUCAUUUUAAAAUUCUAUUUAAAUGCUUCAGAGCGCUUUACCUCUAAGCUGGGAGAAGGAUGUCUGCACACCUGACAUCCCACAGACUGCAAAGCUGCUCUGAAAUCACACUAGUGAGACCCUGAAACUGGUGCUACCCAAGAACCUAGUGGGUGGAGAUGUGGAGGGGUCAUUCUUCUGCUUGUCAAGCUAGAGAGAUGGGCUGCCACCCGUGAUCUGGACCUCAGGAGGAUCGUGUUUUAAAGCUAGUUUCCAAAAGCAGGGGUCAUUGACCAUUGCUCUUAGUCAGUCCUGAACUCAGGGUAACUAAAAGGAGGAGAAAGGAGUAUUGUUUUCUUCAGUACCAGGAAAUCAGCAUCCCCUGUGGGGGGCAAGCUGCCAGUUUCUGUUGAUUCUUUUUUGUCUUUAUUCCUCUCCCCAUUGCCAUUGUGCACACACAUUCCUGUGAGGCAGCUCUGCAGAUCCCAGCCCCAAACUCCCUUUGCAGUGCUCUGGAGAGCUUUCUAGGGUCAAGUUUCCUGUGUAUCCUGGGCCGUUAACUUCCCCUGCUAGUCUUCUUGUUGUAAUAGUCUGUCAGGGAAGCUGGUUUUACUGCAAGGAACAGGACUGGAUCAAAGCACCUCCCUUCUCUUCUGGCUUGGCCUCCCUGACUUUCCAGCAGCAAGCCUUGCACGCCUUUCUCAGCAGUCCUGCUCACAGCGUGGGAACUCCCUGAGUGAGAUGAGGUGGAGAGCGGCAAAGCACAUUCCUAGAGGUGUGAAUGCCAGCAUCUCAGCAAGGUGAUGCUCCUGCUCGCACCAGUAAUGCUACUCUGGAGUGUGAAGUCUGCAGGAUCUGUCCAAUCCUGGGCUCAGUGGUCCAGGUUCUCUGGCUCCCACUUGGUUCCCUUGGGAGCCACAGAGCUGAGCACUUUCUGGGGCCAGAUCAUUUUGGUGGGCCUUGCGGUGGGUGUGCGGAGAACUUUUACUUCUGGGAAACCAAACUUUCUCCUCUUCCUAAAUUUUAUACGUAGAGUUAUAUAUUCUCGUCUUCAGGAAACUACUUCUCGUAAAGGAUAUAUUUAAUGUCCUGCUGAGUUAAACAAGGGAGAUGCUGGUCUUCCCCUUUCCUUUGAAGAUUCAGACAAAUGACAGGUGAUUUAUUUUUAGCAUUCUCUUUGUCUAUGGGGAGAGGAGGCAUAUUAUAUGCUCAGGGGUGCUAGGAAGUAAAGCUAUAUAUGCAUAAAGACUGUUUCAAUGCUGUACACUAUAAAUUCAGUGGUGGAUUAAAAAAAAGAAUGUAAAUAUGCAAUUAAUGCAGAAUUUUAUGGAUGGUCGUAAUUUAAUAUAUUGCAAACUUUGUAAAUACUUGGGAAAAGCCUGUAAAGUGUGUAAAUAAAUGAGAUUUGUAUGUAGGGAAGAAGAAUAAAAAGUUUUUACUUUUUGCAAUUAAAUGCAAGUGUUAAUGCACCUUU